UGCAGUGGUUCUGUCAUCCUGGAUGCUUAAUAAUGAAGAAGUUCUGUGGGGACGGUUAUCAUCAAAACAGUUACAGGAUUUCCUGAUGCACCGCCUGCCACCACCUGCGUCCGCUGUGACGUACAAAGUACGAAUACACAGUUGUACAGGUGAGGCUACAGAACGAUAUAUUUGUACGCAUUUUUAGAUGAUUACCUUGAAGCUAAAAAUUUGGAACAGAGCUUGCUAACAUCAGCCGAAUUACCAUCUAGCGACGCAACGAUUCCAAUGCUCCGAUGGGGGAAGCGAAAAAUCACUGUAAAAACCUUUCCUGACUGUGAGUCACCGCCACCCGCAACGCGGGGUACUGUUGAAGUCGUGAACUUGGAUUUAUCACCUCCACCACCAAAGCUGUAUUUGGAGGAGGAAUUAAGCGACGGUUCUGAUAAAGAAAAUGGACACCUAUUAGCCUAUCCCCAUACAUCCAGUCCGAUUCACCAAGACGUUUCUCAGCGUUUACCUGUUAGCGGAACAUCCUGUGACAGCGCACUGCUGUUGGAAAUGAAUGGUUGGUUCACAGCGUCUCCGAAACAUUUACUUGCAGCCACAUUGCGGAACGUAAAUCGCGAAGUGAUGAAACUGCGCGAACGAAUGACUGCUGUAGAGUUGUCCUUGAACGCGCUGCAUGCACUUCAGGCGCCAAGUUCCAGCAACGCGUGCCCAUUUCCAUUACCAAUGGACACAAUAGCGCAACUGUCAUUUUUAAAUAAUGCACUGGAGAACGCUGAGUUCAUGAACAGCAUGGUGCACUAUUUAUCCAACGUAAGCGGCCGGACAAUCUCAGAAAGUGUGCGGAACGUCAUGCUUACUUGCAUGACUAACAACUUGGUCAGACAUGUGAACUGGCGUGGUGUGCAUGAGAAGUAUAAAAUAGCGAACACACCAUUCGCGCGAGCGGUCCUUGAUUCCAUUAUGAGAAAAAACAUACCAGGAUGCACAGAGCCUGAUAUCGUUGACAAGUUACGACGCUGGAUACAAAGAAUAAAAGAGCGUGAAUCCUGGAUACGAAAGGAAACAGAACGGUUAUCACUGCAAGAUUCCGCUUUGUAAAUUAUGAGAUCCAUAUUACAUUAUGUUUUCGCGAACUGUGUUGUGUUCAUGGCAUGCAAUGUGUGCGAUCGCAUUAACGUGCUUGCAGUGGUAUGGGA